CGUCCCACUACCGCUUGUUCUCGAACUUCAACCCUUUAGGAACUUAAAUGCAGACGUCACACUGUCACGAUUCACGAAACUAUCUAUCACGACUAACGAGAACUACGUAUCAACAUGGCCGAACGAGAUUACGAUGAGAGCAAUGAGGCUCUAGACCCCGAAGUUUUAUAUACCAAAGAAUUCUGCAUUGGCGGAGGCAGCUUCGGAAAAGUUUACAAGGGUGUUGAGAAGCGAAGCGGGCAAGCCGUAGCGAUCAAGGUCAUCGACAUCGAAAGCGCCGAGGACGAGGUCGAAGACAUCAUACAGGAGAUUGCUAUUCUUUCAGAGCUUCAGUCGCCCUAUGUUACCAAAUACUACGGUUCAUAUGCAAAAGGCGCCGAGCUAUGGAUUGUAAUGGAGUUCUGCUCUGGUGGAAGUUGUGCCGACCUCAUGAAGCCCGGUAUGAUUGGAGAGGACUACAUAGCAAUUAUCAUGAGAGAAUUGCUCCUAGGUUUAGACUAUCUGCAUGCGGACAAGAAGCUACACCGUGACAUCAAGGCGGCGAACAUCCUGUUAAGUUCCAAUGGCCAGGUGAAGUUGGCCGACUUUGGCGUCUCCGGACAGCUCUCGGCGACUAUGACGAAGAAAAAUACCUUCGUUGGUACUCCAUUUUGGAUGGCCCCCGAGGUCAUCAAGCAAUCUGGAUACGACCACAAGGCAGAUAUCUGGUCGCUGGGAAUUACAGCCUUGGAGCUUGCCAAUGGAGAGCCGCCGUACGCCGACAUACAUCCAAUGAAGGUCCUCUUCUUAAUUCCAAAGAAUCCCCCCCCAAGAUUAGAAGGGAAUUUUACCAAGGCAUUCAAAGACUUCAUCGAGCUUUGUCUACAAAGAGACCCCAAGGAACGGCCAGUAGCUAGAGAUUUACUCAAGCACCCUUUUAUCAGGAAAGCGAAGAAGACAACCUACUUGACGGAGCUGAUUGAACGUUUUAGCCGAUGGAGCGCAACACAUAAAACGGACGACGACGACAAUGCAGAUGAAGGGGAUAUUCGAGUUGCACCAGAGCGCGUCAAUGAAGAUAUGUGGGAUUUCGGUACCGUCCGGCUCGUUGGAGACAGAGGGGGGGUAAUCAGCCGGCCUGGUCUAAACGCAAUGGACGAUUCCGCUAGAAACACGAGGGCAUCUAGGCCUUUGGAAGCAGACUACGGCGAGAGCCCUAGGGGAUCAUCACCAACUAAGGUCCAGAUUCAAGAUUUUGGAAACUCCUCCGUCUCUAGCACCCUGAAAGCAGCCAACCCUCCAGGAUUCGGAACCCCCCGACAGUCGUCGCCUCAGCGAAAGCCGGUGCCAGCUGUAGCACCUUUAUCACCUUCUAAAGUUCCCUUGCCACCCUCGCCACCCAAGCACUCGCAGGAUCCGAAUACACCACGAGCUCUGUCCAAGCAGAUGCCUAUUAUUCCUACCAUGACAUCGGCAGACUACGACCGCGCAUUGAAGGAACAAAUGCAUCAGGAUAUGAAAUCUCUCAGUAUUGCUCCUCCGCAGCAACUUGUGCAUCCGCAGCAAUCCUCAUCCUCGAAGAGUCCCCAGGCACAGCUUCAACAAUCACGAGGAAUUCCUAGACCAACUCCAUUCAAGCUACCGGAAAUCCCUCCGUAUCGCGGGCCCAGUUCACAGCAUCAGCCCGUGCAAAAAGCCACUAAUCAACAGUCCAGUUCUAGCUCCCAAGCUUUCCCAUCCAAGGCACAGCCCAAACAAAUACACCUCGCCCCGGACUCAUUUCCGCCACCCGGUCCUGUAAACCCGAAUGGCGAGCUUGAUGCCCUGAAUGAUGUCAUCUUCCCUGCGCUCGAGGAGGCUCUCAAGAGACGGCAAAUCCGACUGCAGCAAAUUUAUCGCCACGAAAAAGUCAUCACGCCACAAAGACAGCGCGCCGAAGCUGCACACGAUAGAAUCCGCAAACACGUCUACAAACUGGCCAACGUAUGCAAGGAGAUCGACCGCCUAGACAAGAGCGAGCCUGUCGGCAUGGGCAAGGAAGUUGGCACGUUCCUAGAGGGUCUACUCGAGGAAAUCCUGGUCCGAGUGGAGCCUCUGGAUGAGGAAGACGCCUGAAUAGGCCGGCUUCCUAAUAUUUGAUUGAUAUGGGUGAGUUGGCAGGAUUACACGAUAGUAACACUUGUUCAUUACUGGAGACUUGCAUUCGGAAGGGGGAUCGCUACUAGCCGUGUAAGUAUAUAUUUAAUAAGGGGCUUUUAAGGAUUGGGCUAUGGUCCACGUUGCUUGUAUCAAUAAUGAUUCCCGCCGCAUUCGACAAUAGAGCUAAGAGCUAUUCAUUAAUUCUUUGCUCUUUUUAAUGUUCUUAGGGGUUCUUCUUGUUUUUCUUUUUCCUAGAAAUUCCAUGCCACCCCAUUUUCGUCCAUUGGAAAUGGAUAGUCAGAGUUCCACCUCUUAAUAACCUGAGGGUGGGCCUAUUCAUAUAUGGUACUGCUUAAACAAAGAUAAUAAUAAAAAAGA